UUCGUCCGGUAGUUGCGUCGUGUAAAGUUCCUCAAUAAAUCUUAAGUAAUUAGUGUUCGUUUUAAUAAUCGUAGUCAAAAAGUGUUAACAGAUUAUUGCCAGUGACAAGUGUAAUAAGUAACGUGUGUUGUGAGUUUCAUAGGUUAGACAUGAAUCGAGAUAUUCCAUAAUGAACUUACACGAUUACAAUGGCGUCCCCUGAUCUCAUUGUCUUUAUUUUCACAUUCCUCUCGUUUGCUCAUUGAUUUCUCUUGCUUUUUAAUCUAUUCACGUUGCUCAAGUCUAUGUUUUAGCCAGUGCCGGAAUAAUUGUGUAGUAACAACGGUAGGAUUAGUAAUACCACUGUUAAUAGCGGUUACGAGGGGAACUGUGUUCUAUUGUCUUUGACAUUAUUCCGGGCAAAUGAUACAUGCGAUACGCGUCGUGAAACUUUGUGUGCUUCUACCGUGCAAAGUCAACUUUACAUUGUGAAAUUUCAACAUGCUGUUCCAAGACCAGCUAAAAUUGUGUAGGGCGAAAGAGGGAGAGAGAGAGAGAGAGAGAGUUAAAGGAAGUAAUGGAAUCCAGCUGUGAGCUGAAUCUUUAUGGCCAAAGAUAAAUUGAUUGAGCAGCUAUCGACUUGUCAUUGGGAAUCCGCGAAUGCGUUCCACAGGUCGUCGAGAGAUCAUUCUGGGAGCGUCAUGAAGAAGAGGCUGCAAGCUGAAGACGUUAAUGAAGAUCCAUGGCCCAUGGCCGGUCCACGUCGAUGGAGUCACGGGACGUUGUUUUCUGCAUCCUCAUCACUGCCUUUCUUUACUCUGGCUUCGGUGAAACUCUCUCGAAGUUAUUACCCCAGCCGGAAUUCUUGGCACCCUUGGAGAAUCACACCGUUAUCCAGGGUCGCGACGUUUCCUUCACCUGCGUGGUCAACCAUCUUCAGUCGUACAAGGUCGUUUGGAUAAAGUCCGAUUCACGCGCCAUCUUGGCUAUUCACACGCACAUGAUCGCCCACAACCCGCGACUGUUCGUCACCCACAAUGGACACAACACGUGGAAGCUGCAUGUGACGAAUGUUCAACGCAGCGACUCCGGCACGUACAUGUGUCAGGUGAACACGGACCCCAUGAAAAGUCAGAUGGGAUACAUGACUGUCGUUAUCCCACCGGAUAUCAUGGAUCUGGAUGAAGAUUCCGUGGACGACAUGAACACCAAGGAGGGAGGCGACGUCGUGUUAAAGUGCAUAACAACAGGUAUCCCGGAACCGGAUGUCACAUGGCGAAGGGAGGAUGGACGUGAUAUUGUUUUACGAGAGGAACAUUCCUCCACGAAACGGGUGAAGAUAUUCGAGGGCGAGGAACUUCAGCUCGUUGGAGUUCUCAGACAGGAAAUGGGAUCUUAUCUCUGUAUAGCCAGCAAUGGCGUACCGCCCUCGGUCAGCAAGAGAUACUUCGUUCACGUACGCUUCGAACCGCUCGUCAGAGUCGCUAGUCAGCUGGUUGCUGCUCCUGGCAACAGUGACGUCAUUCUUCAGUGCUACGUCGAGUCCUCGCCACAGGCUCUCAAUACCUGGUACAAGAACAAUGGUAUCAAAUUGCUGCCCGAUAACAAAUAUCGGAUGAGUGAAACUCCUGUGAAUAUCUAUUCAUACCAAUUGAACCUUACGAUAAGAAAUCUGGAGCUUAGUGAUUUUGGAAGUUACACCUGCUCGUCUGAAAAUGCUUAUGGCAAGGCUGAGGGGACGAUACGACUUCAGGAAUUGCAUCUUACAAAAAGCAGUGUUGCCACCACACGGUCUAUGGAGAUUCCUGAUAAAACGCGAAAGAAGACUGUUUCACCUGAAAAGAAGAAAAAGUAUUCGUACUCGAGCAAUUUAGAUUUCGGGAAGGACCGUAAGGACUACACCACUCCGAUGUCCUGGGAAAAUUUGGCCAAGGGUCUCAGAAGUACGAACGACUCCUCUGCUCUGUCAAAAUUCUCAUCCGGAAGUAAUGCUCCACGUGCACCCGAAUCUGCUCAUCUUGCUCCCACGCAACAGGACAUACCAAAAAAUGAAGGACGCGUCUUGUAUGCUUAUCGACACCUUAUACUAAAUUGCGUUAUCCUGAUGUUACAGUUAUUUGUCCAAGGGCAUUCAAUAUAUUAAAGUAAUAAUGUAUACAUCGCGUUUUGUAUGACAAUAAGUUUUGCCAGAUUUAUGGAAUAUUGAACUGCCGCCUAGUGUUAUGACCCGCGCUAUUUUUUUUCCUCUUUCAAUUUAUUCUUCCUUCGAGGUUAAACGGUCCAACCUUGCGUAUCUUCUUUCUCACUAUCCGAUUACACUUGACUGUUAUCAGUAACUGUUAUGUAAGCGAAGCGAAGAAUUGCGACAAUAAAUGUGGUUUUCUUACUGGAAUACUUCUUAACGAUGAGUAUAUUAAACGGCGAUUUAUA